CAUGAUCUGAGACAUCUCAAAUACUUGUUAAGAUAACUCAAGAAACACAAGAAUGAAAAUCGUUUGCCUCCUUAUCGCUUUUCUUACAUCAGCGCUGUUCACUGGAGUACAAGCUGCUGAAAAUUUGGCUCUGUAUGGAAAGGCCACCCAAUCAACCAUUGUUAGGUCCCCCUGGACCGCUGAGGGCAGUCCCCGAAAUGCCAUUGAUGGAAAUUCUGACGGAAAUUUCCAUCAUGGAUCCUGCAGUCACACUGACAGACAGCUAAAGCCAUGGUGGAGGGUUGACCUGCUGAAACGCUAUAAAAUCACAUCAGUGGUCAUCACCAACAGAGAUGGCUACGCUGAGAGACUCAACGGAGCUGAGAUUCGCAUUGGCAACAACUUGGUUGACAACGGCACCCGCAAUCCAUUGUGUGCUGUAAUCUCCUCGAUUCCUGCUGGAGAUUUGGAGACGUUUCAGUGCAAGAACGGCAUGGAGGGGCGUUAUGUGACUGUGGUGAUACCUGGACGUGCAGAGUAUCUCACACUCUGUGAAGUAGAGGUGUACGGCUAUGGUCAAUAACCUUUGCCUCUCACUGGAAAGAUGCUGUUGUUGCAUGACACAGUAAAUAUAACUGUGAAUCACUUCUUUUUAAAAAUGAUAUGUGAUUUUAGUUUAAUCAUAGUGAUAUUAUGAUUUCAUUGAUUUAGGCUACUGCAAGGAUAUUAGGCUUUAGCCACUGACGUAUAUAUGUGCAUGGACAGCGUGCUUCUGUUGUAUUCCAUGCAAGGGUUUUGAAGCAUCCGUCUGCAUUCGUACCUUAACAAGCGCUUGCGUUUGCGUUUGACUGUCAAUCAAAAGAAUUCUGAAAGAAUUCUGUCUAUCAAAUCAACUAACAAUGCUCAUUGGUCAUUUAAAGAAUUUUAAUACGUCUCUAAAAUUAAGAGUCAGGAUGAAAAAAUAUUUGGCUGGUUUGAAAUGGAUGGGAAACUAACAGUUUGCACGAAAUAGAGUAUGGCUAGAAUUGGCAAGGAGAUGCAUGGUUUCAAGUCUCCCAUAGAGGAGAAUUGGAAAUUACAUUUAUUUUUUUUCGGCUUCCGGGUCUAAUCCCACCCCCCGCCAUUGCCUCACUUAAGAAUACAACCCAUGGAAUCUCUUCUAUUUACUGUCAAUGGCUAUAGCAGAAAAUCUUGUAGUGAAAUGUUGUGAAUCAUUAUUUCUGUCUUUUCUUUUCAUUUUUACUAUGAUUAUAAAGCCUACACAUCAUUUCCAGGUGAAUAUUAUAUUAAAGGAAUUCAGCAUUGCA